GGGCGACGGCGUACGAGGGGGCGAGGGCCGAGGGCGCCGACACCGCCGCCGGUCGAGCCAAAGCAGGGGGGUGGCAAUAUGGCCGGCGGUCAGUCGGUAUCGAACCGCCGUGCCGAGCGGAGCUUCUACGCUGAGUCAUGCGCGCGUAGGCACGGCACCGUAGUGGACGAGACGAGGGCUUUGGAUACCCGGCAGACGCGCGCGCCGCGACGUCUGCACUGACCGAUGGCUCCCCGGCCUAUACGCGAAGUCUUGGAGUUUUUCGCCGGCAUUGUCGUCAUCGUCCUCAUCGGCGCCAUCAUCACCGCUGUCAUCGCCGCCGCCGUCCUCAGGCCGGUCGAAUCCGAAGGACGCGCUCGUCGAGUCGGUCGCGAGGAUCGCUCGAGGACCCGAAUUUCGAGCAGUAGUGAUUAAAAAAGGAGCAAUCUCAGAAGAGAAGAACAGGGAAUAGACAAAAAUUCACAAUUCAACGGUGAGAUUCGCGUAAACAUGGAUGCUGGGGCUGGGCAGGGUAAGAAGCAAAUCCGUGUGGGAUUUUACGACAUCGAGACCACCAUCGGCAAGGGCAACUUCGCCGUUGUUAAGUUGGCCAGACAUCGAAUCACGAAGACCGAGGUGGCCAUCAAGAUAAUCGACAAGACUCAGUUGGAUCCUACCAAUCUGGAGAAAGUUUACAGAGAGGUCGAGAUUAUGAAGCAGCUGGAACAUCCUCAUAUCGUCAAGUUAUAUCAAGUGAUGGAAACGAAGAACAUGAUCUACAUGGUAUGCGAAUACGCCAGCAAAGGUGAGAUAUUCGACUACAUAGCUCGCUAUGGAAGAAUGGGAGAGCCCAGAGCACGCGCGACUUUCGCGCAGAUAUUAUCCGCGGUCGAAUACUGCCAUGUGACGGGUGUGGCGCAUCGCGAUCUAAAAGCGGAGAAUUUGCUCCUGGACGCGCAGAUGAACGUGAAAAUCGCCGACUUCGGCUUCAGCAACAGAUUCGCCCCGGGCGAGCGACUGAGCACAUGGUGCGGCAGUCCACCCUACGCCGCCCCAGAGGUUUUCCGCGGGAAGCAUUACGCUGGGCCGGAAAUUGAUGUGUGGAGUCUGGGUGUUGUAUUAUACGUGCUGGUAUGCGGAGCACUGCCCUUCGAUGGAUCAACUCUUCAGUCAUUAAGAGAUCGCGUAUUAAGCGGCAGAUUUAGAAUUCCUUACUUUAUGAGCACAGACUGCGAAAGCCUAAUACGCAAGAUGCUAGUGUUGGAGCCUUCCAAACGAUACACCAUUCCACAAAUUAAGCGGCACCGUUGGAUGGCAGGAACGGCAGAUAGUAUAUGUUCGGUGAUCGUAACGAGGCCAUCGUCAUCUAUUCAAGAGCCGAACGAGCAAAUACUUCGACUCAUGCAUAGUUUAGGAAUAGACAUCACUCGCACUAGGGAGUCCUUACGAAACAGCAGCUACGACCAUCACGCAGCUAUUUAUUUCUUACUGUUGGAGAGAUUGAAGCAACAUCGUGUCACCAGCACCAUUAAUAAUACCUGCUGGUCCACUGUUGCAAGAACGAAAGAAGACAAAUUUAAAUCAAGAGCGAGAGAAGAUACCGGCAGAGGGGGUAAGAGAUUCAGCUCAACAAGCUCUUCAACCGAUGAAGGUUGUUGCAGUGCGGAGGGCGAUUUGGAGGAGGGGCCGAGCGGCGACGAAUUACGAGAGGCGCAAAUCAAACUCGAGGAACACCGAUUAGGCCUAGAUCAUGAUAUCAGUCAACGAAUUGACAGUCAGAUAGUCAAUCGAAGAUUGAGCGAUUAUCAGCAUCAUUUUGAUAACCCGCUUAUGGAUCCUAUUGAUCCUCCUAGUCGAACAACGCUGUUCAUGGCAGGCGGCAGCGGUAGCUCGUCCUCGGAGCUCUUCGAAUCCAGCUUCGAUUCUGGCUGUCCGCCAGAUUAUACGGGCGCGAAUUGCUUCACGAGCAGCCUACCGUCUUGCACGCCACCGCCACCUAAGAGUCCAUCCCCCAUCACUGGUAGGAUAUCUCGAGUAUCUCAAGGACGAAGAGCAUCCGACGGUGGACCCAGAUUACUGUUCUGUCAGCAAGGCAGCGGAGACAGGCCAUCCAAGCAGAGGAGUAUUCAAGAUUCGGGGAAGGCACGAGGUCACCUGGAUCUAGUCCAUCUUAGACCACCGUCCACGCCGCCCGACAAUCAGCAGCAAUUCAAAAUGCGCGGCGACUCGGGCACGCAGCUGCAACUCUUGGUGCAGCAACGUAUGCUGCAGCAAAAACGCAACCUCUAUCAUCGGCACCGAGGCGGCGGCAGUCCAACACCGAUCCCGGUGUCUACCAGCGGCACCAGCAGACGCGCCGACCACGUACCGAGGCAAGACAGCUACAAGUUAGCCCAGCGAACGCAGAUCUUGCCGCCUCUAUCUCAGGGCCAUGUCGACCGAGACUUCGACAGAGACAGAAAGCGAGACGAGGAGAGGUGGAAGAGUCUACCUUCCCGAUUAGCGGCGGACUGCCAGUUAGCGGAGAGAUCGCUAAUAUGGAGCCAGCAGGUGGGCCUUAGUGGAGGCGCUUCUUACUUACCACCGGGCAGUGUAGGUGGUUUCUUGUGGCCCACCAGCAGCAAUCCACAUUCAACCAUCUUCGAGAAUGUAGGGGAUCCCAUGGAAUAAACUUCUGCCCUAUAUUAUUAAUUAUCUCGAGAUCUUGCGUAUGAAAAGCCAGGCUAAGUUAUUAUGUCGAUUCUCAACCCGUCUCUCUCUCUCUCUCUCUCUCUCUUUCUUUUUUCUCUCUUUCUGUUUCUCUUCCUCAGCAGUAUUCCCUACUCAGUCUUUCCACGUUGACGUUGACUUUUAUUAUUCAAAUGGUUGCAUAUCAUUUUCUCUUAAAUAGAGAUAUUUUAAAAGACUGUCACAUACGGAAAAUUUAGUACAACAUAUUCACUCGUCUAUAAUAAUUAUGUACUUUACAUACUCAAGAUCUCUGAUUAGAUGUAUGGUACAUGUUACUGAAUGCCAAAGAUUUACAUUUUUGUACUUUUGUCCAUUUGAGACACUGCUAAUGAAGAAUUCAGCGUUUAAAUUUAAUGAAAAACUGUAGACAACGUCUUGUUGCAAGUCGUUUGCUAAAAUGCUGCUUCAUAAAGUUAUAAUACUACUUAUCGUUACAGCGUGUUCUAAGUCCGUGUGAAAAAUUACACAUGAAUAUAUCUGUAUGUUGAGAGAAAGGUAGUACAUUUCAUUGAUUUGCAGCAAUGCAAGUGAUACAAAAGAUUUCAUGCAAAGGAAUCUUUGUCGUACAGUAACAAAUGUACCUGCCUUAUUAAAAUGACUGAUUCUACCAGUCAAAUAUCCAGUUAUAUCAUAGACUGAUAAUUAAUAAAACGAAACACCAAAUUUGGUUAAAAAGCAAGUGGCAUAUGACUUGCCUUGAGGCAUACGUUAUUGAGAAUUACGGCGGGAGAACUGUGAAGUUUUUGAAUGAACCCUUGAAGAGGAAAACAGAAAAUAUUAGGAAUAUAUUACGUACUGCCAAUGAGUGAAGAAAAAACGAGUGCUCAAGUCAUUGAUGAGAUAUAAAUACGUAGAGUAAGGCAUAGACAUGGGGAAAUAUCAAGAAGAUAGGCAAAGAAUAAAAGAGCGCGACUGAGAUAGAAUUAAAAUUCUCCCCGUAAGAAAAUACAAGUACUAUGCCACUCCCGCUUUUCCAUUUAUUUAAUUCGAAGAGUGGAAAUAUAACGCAAGUUUUUCGAAGGAUUUUCAGUUUACUUAAUAAGCGUUCCAAUAAUAUUGUACAAAAUUAGUGAUGUUCUCCUCUUCCACUCUUCAUAAUGGUGACUAUAGAGGAUAGGAAAUAAUAACAGAAAAAAACAAUAAUAUUAGCAGUAAAUAGUAGCUAAUAUGUAAGAGACGAGAAGUGCUGCAUUCUGUAAAAAAUGUUUAAAUAAAUUAUUUAUGUGAUCACACGAAUUUUCUAUAGAAGAGUAUAAGUUGAGCAACAUUUUGUAUAUGU